GUUUAAUAGUACGUAUUUAUAAAGAAUAAGAAAAUGGGAAAUGGAUCUAGUAUACCUUCUACAGGAAUUAAUAUCCAUAGUAAAAUUACAAAGAAACUUUUUGAAACUGGCAAAUCAAAACUACAUCAAUCUUGCCAAUCCUUUAAACAGUUCACACGUAAUUCAGAAGACAAUAGUAAUGAUAUUAUUGAUGAAAAAUGGGUUCAUUCAAUUGAUCAAACCAUAAAAAGUUAUCAAGUCGAAAGUUUCUAUUACGAUGAAGAUUAUCUAGAUAAAGUUGAAGACGAUGAUAAUGAAGAACAUAUUAUAAAUAAUGAAUCACAAAGUUUCAAAUUGGAACAAAAUAAACUUAAGGUAAACAAUACCGUGGAAGGAGAGGAACCUUAUGAUACUUUAAAUAACAAUGAUAAUUCAUGUGAGUAUAAAGAAGCAAAUGAUUACAAACUAUUUCUUCAAUGUGAUAAACAAUUUGAUGAAAGUCUAAAGGACAACAUGAGUGAAAAUUCGAAUAAAACGAUACUUAGCGACUUAAACAAUAGUUGUACAAUAGAAUAUUUUAAAACACUAGAAUAUCCAAAUUUACUACAAAAUGAUUCAUCUCUAUCCACAACAUCAAUUGAUUCACUUCAUACUAAAUCUAUUUCGAAUAAUAAACAAAAAUUUCAAGAAAAACAUAAUACUACUAACAUUCAAGAUUCAAUCAGUUGUUUAACAUCUCCAAUUGAUAAAUUUGAAAUAGAUUCUGUCCUAAUGAUUCAGUCAUCCAAUAUAAAUAAUGGUCAAUCACAAUCAAACUUUACACCAUUAAUUGAUAAUGUUCAAAGUUAUUUAAAUCAAUUAAAACACAAUGUAUAUGUACAAUGUAAUAUGAAUUGUGAACACUUGAACAAACUGCAACACCAAGAAAAUGAAGUUAAUGAUAUAGACAAACAUUUAAGUGUAAAAUUCGAGGUAUCCAAGUGGAGAACUAUGAAAAAUAAGAAUAAAUAUUACGAAAUAAUGAAAUUAUCAGAAAAAAUUCCUAUUAUCUCUAUGAAUAACAGUAAAAUGAUAGAUUUUACAAAGCAUGAUCCAACUACUUGUUCAGAAAUCAAUCAUGACAAAGAAGAAUAUUUAUCCUUAAAUAAUGUUCAAUUUGACCAAACAAACCAUGAAAAGUUUCAGUUGCAAUCAGGUCAUAAUCCAUUUGAUCUAGAUAAAACUAAACACAUUUAUAGAGGAAUUGAUUUCAAUGAGGAAUAUAAUAGACAUGAUCAAAUUAAUCAUAGGAACUUAAUGGGUACAUUUUCACAAAAUAAUGAUGAAUAUGAAAUUAUAUCUUUUAAUCAUGAAUUGAAUUAUCAAUCAGAAGGACCAAUUAGUAUUGAUAUUAAUAAAGAUGGAUAUAUCUAUACACCAAUUGUAAUGGAAAAACUGGAUAGCUCUACAAUUAAUACAACUGAUACAAUCCAAUCAAUUCAAACUGUAAAAAAAUGUAUGAAAACAAUUAAAUCAUAUUUUAUUGGACAAGUUUUAAUAAAAGAUACUAGUGAAAUUGAAAUGAAUAAAGAAUAUAAAGAUAAUAAAGAUAUGAUCGAAAAAGAUAAUAUCUUGGACAAUUAUAAAAAAUCAAUGUUAGUAGACAAUGAACUUUCAAACCAAUCCACUGUGACUAAAACAAUCGCAAUGAAAUAUGAUGUCCUCGUUGAUUUCUACUUGGUUGCUAUUAAAGCACAAAUGUGUGAACUACAGUUGGUAGGACUUAACGAAGAUGAUACACAGUAUGCAGUCGUAAUGCGAGCUGUUGAGUCUGUUAGACGUGAAGUAGGCUCAGUCACGUUUCGUCUACUUAAUGCUGCUCUACCUACGAACGCUCGCCACAAACGUCUUUUUCGAACCAAGUAUAUUGAAGACGUGGACUUACGAAAUAUUGAAAACUGCCUGCUAUCAGCUGCAAACAAAGUAAUUAAUUUCAAUUCAAGCCAGUUCCAUGUCGAAUGUGAUCUAAGACCUGCUAAAUCAAGCGCUUCAGAAUUUCUAGAUACACAUGGUUGUGUUCAGGCACUUGUUGCCCAUACUAUUGAAUCGUGUUUAGAUAGCUUGUCUUCAAACCACACUGAAGAUGGAAAACUGAAACUCGACAAACAAACAUCAAAGAAUUCAACGGAACAGGACGAUGUUCAAUCAAGUUAUGAUAUCCCGUAUAAAACAAAAAAUAUUUCAGGUUGUCAAAGGAAGAAUAUUCAGGGAAAUAGAAAUUUAGUUGAAAGAGAUUCCAGUGAAUUUUUCAACACACAUAGUAUAAAUUCACCCGGAUCGUCAUCGCCUGUUCCAAGCGAUUUCAGUCAUUCGAAUUCCUUGGAACAACAAUCAACUGUAAUAAGUGAUGAAAAUCCUAAAAUAAUCAAUGUAUCUGUACAAGUUAACAUAGCUUCAGUUAUUUACACGACACCAGUAAAAUUGCCUUCAUCAAAAUUUCUAACAAUUUCACCAGAAUUAUUUCAUACUCUACUAGAAUUAGACUAUUGUGCCGCACGAUUUGAAUUUGAUUUUGUACGAUGUGUUUCACGUCGGAUUAGAACAUUACAAGAGGCUGAUGAUGUUCAGAUAGUCACUGUAUUAUUCUCUGAAACUUUAAUGUGGGGAUUAACUGUUAAACUUUUAUCCAUACAACAAUUAACGGAUCGAGAUCCAUGUGUUUUACUCGCUUUACCUCGAUUAAGUAUAUUAGUCGGUUGUCGUCUACUACCGGAUUCUCCUAUUGGUGCUAAUCGUCUAGCAGUUGGUCAUCGUUUACCAUUCAUGUUCAGUUCGUCUCGCUCUGAAUUAGCCUACUUAUGCAGACAGUUGUUUGCUCUUCGACCAGAUCAACUAUGUCGAUUAACGCGAUGGCUUGGACCAAACGGAUUACCGAAUUUGGUUUACAAUCAAAAACUAUCAUCUAGAUUAUCAGAUUCUGAACAGCAAACAAAUUCAAAUUGUUCUUUACAGGAAGUACCUAAUGAAAUUAAAAUAACCACUACUACUACUCGUGGAGCUCGACUGUCUUUGUCAUCUCUUUUAACACCUAGUUCAGUUCCUAAUAACUUAAGUACUUCAUACCAGAAAAGUCAUAUAUGGAAAACUUGUCUUCCUGGUUUACAUCGAUUAUAUAAAUCCAUUUCGUCUGUGGCUGAUAGAUUCGCUAGAGAAUAUCCUACAGAGUUACGGUUCAUUUUACAGAAAGUAAUUGAAAUGCAUGACACUAAUGAUGAGAUCGAUAUUGUUGAAUCUUCUGACUCGUCUUCUAUGGAUAAUAGUAAUAAUAAUUUGCAAAACGCCAAUCCAAUUCUUUCUGAUAAUAUUGUUGAUAAGAGUAUAGAAGAAAUUAAAAAUAGACAAUUGAUUGAUGAAGAGAGUGAAUUAGAAGAAGAAUUAGAAUUGAAUUUAUUCAAUCUAAUGGCAAGUGAAAGAAAACUUCGUGAUUUAGCUAAUUUAUUCAAUUGGGAUGAAGUAAUGCAAUAUCAUCAUCGUAACAAAUUAUCAUCGUCAUCAUCAUCAUCAAAUCAAUUUAAUGUACAUAAAUUAUUUAAAGAGUCUAAUUUAUAUUUACGAAAUUGUACUACUAAUUCUGUUGUGAAUAAUAGUAGUAAAUUUCCUUAUUCAAUCGAUUCAGAAACCAGUAAUUGUUUAAUAAAAUCAUCAGAACCAAUUUAUAAACACACUGGAUUAAUAUCAGCCGAUAUUUUGAUUGAUGAAAAAACGAAUACUACUCCAAGUAUUGGGCAAACUGUUGAUGAGAUUGGCUUGGAUAUUGCAGCCUGUUUAGAUGAUAACGAUGUGGACAAGUUGAUAAUAUCCACAAAUUCAAAGUCAAUUUCACCUGUGAAUAGUAAUCAUAACCAACGCAGUACAUUUUCACAAAGGCUUCAAUCAUUAAAUUUAAGUAUUUCCUUUGAAGGAACACAAAAUCCCACUGAUCACAUAUUCAAUUAUCUACCAGCAUGGCAACCUGACUCACCAUCUUAUGAAAAUCAUAUUGAUCGAUUGAAAAUUGAUAAUCAUAAUGAGGUUGAUGAUGAUGACGAUGAUUCAGUUAACUUUGAUGAUUCACAAUGUUCAUAUAUUGUUGGACGUAAUUGUGCUUCAUGUAAUCGUUUAUUCACAUUAAUUUGGCGACGUCAUCAUUGUCGUCGUUGUGGUCAUAUAUUCUGUUCAAAAUGUUGUAAUUAUUGGCAAUCUAUUGAAGGAUUAGCUAGUAGUAAACCUGUUCGUAUAUGUUCUGAUUGUCAUGAUUUUUUAAGUCCACAGGUUAUUCAAUAA